CCUGAGGUACCUGGCCCGGUGGCCCCAGGACGUUCCCGUCGCAUGGCGGAGUGCUGCGGACGAUGCCCAUGAAGUCCUUAGUCCUUCUAGUUGCGCUGUUGCUAUGGCCUUCGUCCGUGCCGGCGUAUCCGAGCAUGACUGUGACGCCUGACGAAGAACAAAACUUGAAUCAUUAUGUACAAGUUUUACAGAAUCUAAUGCUCAGUGUUCCCACUAGGGAGCCAGUUCGUGGGAGAAAAUCGAAGUCUCCAAAUGAUAAUUAUUCUAGAGGAUCGAAGGUAUCACAAUUUAAGGAGAUAAUUACACCUGGAGAAGCUUCAACUGAGAAGGAUGUUUUAAUCAAUCCUGUCAGUGAAGAAACUACAACUUUCCCUACUAGAGGCUUCACAAUGGAAAUAGGGAGGAAAAAACAUAGUAAAAGUACAGCAUUCUGGUCGAUUAAACCAAACAACGUUUCUAUUGUUUUACAUGCAAAAGAACCUUAUAUUGAAAAAGAAGAGCCAGAGCCAGAGCCAGAGCCAGUUUUAAAAGAAAACGAGGCGUCAAAGCCAUUGCCAGAUGUUACUGAAUUUUCUACAAGUCGAGAUGUCGCCUCAGGCAGACCGUUUGUCACCCCUUCAAGUAGGAGCACUGACUGGGAUACCGCCACAGAAACAGAAGAUGUUCCUCAGCUCUUGGGCGAAUAUGAAAUGGAAAAACCUGAAGCACUAACAUUUGGAAAACAUUUGAAUAAUGAUGACAUUUUGAAAAAAAUUUCGGAUAUUAACUCAGAGGUGCAACGGGUACCUCUUGCUGAGAGCCUCAAGCCAGAAUAUAGAGAGGACAUUCAAGCCUCUAGAGAUCACCUAAAACGAAGCCUCGCUCUAGCAGCAGCAGCAGAACAUAGAUUAAAAAAAAUGUAUAAAUCCCAGCUAUCACCACUAGGACGAAGCAGUAGUGAAAUUGAUGACAUUGAAACUGUUAUUAACAUGCUGUAUAAUUCUAGAUCUAAAUUAUAUGAAUAUUUAGAUAUUAGAUAUGUUCCACCAGAGAUGAAAGAAAAAGCUACUACAGUAUUCAAUACAUUGAAAAAAAUAUUAUGUGUAAGUCGAGUGGAAACUCAACAGCUUAUUAAGAAGUUAUUAAACAAUAACAUAAAAAUUUUAAACCUGCUUGAUAUUCCAUGACAAAGUUAAUUUAAGCAAAAUGUGCUUUC